AUGGCUAAGAUGGAGCGCAUGCUUCUCCUCUCCCCGCCAUCGCUCGCCGCCCGCCCUGACAUGCUUGAAUCAUCACUUACCACCUAUAGCCGAUAUGCCACAGACCUGCAGAUGCUUGACCGCCUGGCCGCCGGCCUCGUGGCUCUUCCUGAAUCCACGUACGACAUCGUGAUGCUCCUGGCCGAUGCCGAUGGGCGAACAAGCCCCACCCCGCUGAUGGAUCGCGGGGUCCUCCAGUCGAUUGUCCGCACACUCCGUCCCGCCGGCAAGUUAAAAAGCGACAGCGGCGCGUUCGCGUCCCCUGCGGCAUCGGAACGUACGGAACUUAUACUUGCAGGGCUGGUGUUCGAUGACACUGGGGGUCUUAUGAAGCCGGAUUACGGCUCGCAGGCUGCGGUGCCGUUGAGGCUGGGCAAGAAAAAGGUUACAAACGGGGUGGUGAAUGACACAUCCCCUGAGGCGACGGAGGUUACAACUGUUAAGAAGACAAAUGGAGAUAGUGCAGUGUCGGGAAUGGGAUUUGUUGAUUUCAGCGACGAUUUUACGGUCCUGGGCGAUGAGGACGGACUAGAAGAUGACGAGGAGCUGAUUGAUGAAGAUACACUAUUGGACGAAGAGGAUAUGCGACGGCCAAUUGUGCAGCCUCCGGAAUGUCGCCCCAAAGCUGGAAAACGUCGUCGAGCGUGUAAAGACUGCACUUGCGGUCUGGCAGAGAGACUACAGGAGGAAGACCGGGCGAAACGAGCCAACGCCGACGCGGCUCUGGAGACCAUGAAGCUGGGCGCCAGCGACCUCGCAGAGGUGGAUUUCACGGUGCAGGGCAAGGUGGGCAGCUGUGGCAACUGCGCGCUGGGCGAUGCAUUCCGGUGCGAUGGGUGCCCGUAUAUUGGGCUGCCGCCGUUCAAGCCGGGCGAGGAGGUGCGGCUGCUCAACAACGACGUGCAGCUGUGA